AUGUUCAAAAUUACCGAGUUGGUAUCCUCCACAUUCUCUCAGGCUUCUUCGGUGAUUACCAGUCAUUUGCCUUCUGUUAUUUCAGGUCCAAAUUUAGCCAUAAAUUCAUCUACUCAAUCAGUACGACCCUUAACUUCCUCCGAUGCUCAUUCAAAUUUUGAUGCCAUUUCCGAAGAUUUUGCUCAAUUUAUAGAGAGGAUUGGAAAGGUUCAUAGUCGCGAAUUGGAGAAUGAGGUUAUAUUGAAAAUGAAGAUUGAAUUGAGAGCAAAAUUAUCUCAACAUCCCAAUUUGCUAAAUGAUCGGUAUGAAAUGAAAGAAGUGAUUUUAAGGCUCCUCUAUUGCGAGAUGAUGGGACAUUCAACCGAGCAUUUUGCAGCAAUUCAUGUGGUCAAUUUUUGUGCAUUGAGUGAUUUGACCACCUAUGAGAAGCGAUUGGCAUAUUUGACUUUGACGUUAUUGUUGCAUCGAAACCAUGAAUUAAUGCUUCUUAUGAUUAAUGUCUUGCAGAAGGAUUUAAAAAGCUCCCGUUAUUUGAAUGUUAUUUCAGCCUUAAUUGCCUCUUCCAAAUUAAUUAAUUUAGAAACAAUUCCUGCAAUUUUACCGUUUGUUGUUUCGUUGUUAAAACAUCAAAGAUCCGAAGUACGGAAACGAGCUAUAUUAACUCUGCACUCAUUCUAUCUACUUGAACGAGAGGAAAAAUGCAAUAAGGGAGAAUCCACUGAUUAUUUGCAAUAUAUUGAGUUGUCUCUCAACGAUUUUGACACUUCUGUGCUACAUGUUGCAAUGUGCUUCUUGUGUGACUAUGCUGCAGACUGUCACAUUCAAUUACUUGCAAAACAGAGAGAAUAUUUGUCACAGCAAUUAAUCGAAAUAAUACCAGAGGAGCUGAAAACUAUUGACAAACGAGUUUUAAAACUCUCACAAGUGCUAGUAUCAAUAUUGAAUCAAAUCGUAGAAUGUAACAUAUUCUCAGACUACAUCUAUGGUAAAUUGCCAGCACCCUGGUUUCAAAUCAAAGCGUUGCAAUGUCUAUCAUUGUUGGGACGAUAUAACAAACAAGUGAGCCAAGAAAUGUAUGAAAUUAUCAAAUCCACUUACAAAAGAGCGGAGAAAGCAAAGAAUGAUAUUGGAACGGCUGUCAUGUUUCAAUGUAUCAAGACUGCAACUAAUAUUUUCCCCUCGCCUCAACUUCUUAAUUUCAUAUUUGAUGCUGUAACGCGUUACCUUUGGAAUCAAGAAUUCAAAACUGUAAAUGAAAGAUAUAUUUCUCUUGAAAUGUUGAGGAUGGUUCUCAAAGCAAAUCCAGGACUUGUUUCAAAGCAUCAAGACAUGGUGAUUGACUCACUGGAUAGUCAUGACGAAACCAUUCAAAAGUUAACCACAAGGCUAUUAGUGAAAAUGGUCAAUCGAAAAAAUGUAAAAUUGAUUGUGGAUAGACUUACUAAAUAUGUGAAAUAUGUGAUAUCUGUCAAUGAUCUGUAUAUGGCUGAAGAGGUUAUUCGAUAUAUCAUCGUAGUUUUAGAAAAGUAUGGCAUGCUUGAUGUUAAAUGGUACAUUUCAGCACUCAUCAACUUUCUCCAAAUGGUGGGAAAUGAACGUAAUGCAGAAGGAAAACCGCUUAUUUCUGAAAAUGCAACUAGCCAGUUUGUAAGGUUAAGUUUGAAAUGGCUAGAAAGUGAAGAGGAUGAAACUAUUCAAUUCGUAUGCAAUUUUUUGUACAGAAUGCUGGAAGAUGUUGCCAAUGGCUGUAAAGAUGGAUUUUCAAAUUCUGUUUGCACUCUUGCCGUUUGUGUGUUAAAAGGCAUGAAUUAUGUGUUAGGAGAUGAAACCUCUAUUCUACCAUCUAUAGACAAGCAAGUAGACGUGUUCAUUGGUAUACUUGAGUCGUCUCUUGAUUUGGAUUCUUGUGUAAAAUGUUAUUCUCUAAACGCAUUGAUGGAUAUUUAUGCAAAUGCAAAUGGGGCAGAUACCCUGUUUGAGAAAAUGGAAAAUUCUCUGAGUGCGCUAAAAUCCAGCAAAAACGAAGAGAUUGUUGAGAGGACUUAUCAAUUAUAUUCUAUACAUAACGUUCGAAAAGAGUUUUGUGGGGAGAUUGACUACUUAUCAAAAGUAUUUUCAAGAGAGGAAGUGUCUACAGAUUCUGAGUUACCUUUUUUAAAGAGCUAUGUGAUUGAGCAAGUUAAGAAAGGUGCUUCUCUCUACUCCCAUCAAAAGCAAAAAGAGGUGUUAGAUUCAUUACUGACAGCUUCGUCAAGAGCAAACAAACCUCUAAUAAUUAAGACUGACAACAUUAAUCCACAGGAGUUAAACUUCAAAUCUGAUCAAGUACGCCCCACAAAUGAAGCGAGUUCAAAGAAAAGCAAAGUGAUUUGGGGCCCUGAAGAUUCUAUCAUGAUGGAGGAAGAUAAUUUGAAUGAUACGCCAGAACUGGUGAAAAAGAUGGAAGCUAAAUUGAAAGCAAAGCAAAAUGUGCUUCACUGCGAUGAGGAUCGAAUGAAUUCCCAUAAGCAAGCAAUUAAGGAUUUUGUAAAGUCUGAAUCACAUAACUUGGUCAGUACUGACACUACAAAUGGGAUAUCAACAUGUCAAAUUCCAGAGGUUGUUCUUCAGGAAACAGAAGAACCUGAAAUGAAAAUUACCAUAACUUGUUGA